UCAAGCACUCACAAUACAACAAGGCAAUGGCCAAAUAAUUCGGCUAAAAUGUGACUGAGCGACCAAGCAAACGCUUUCGGCCGAUUCAGUUGCUCUCAUAACGGCAGAUAACGUGCAACAGAACUAGAAAGACACGAGCGCACGUACACGGCGUCUGCAACACACACACACACACACGCAUACUUACGCGUAUAUACUACAUAGCAGAAAAAGCAAGCAAAGUUUUAAAAGAAUUUUUUUCUUCAUGAAAAUUUGGUGAAUAAGAAAGUAAAAUAUGCGGAAAACAAAUGAAAAUGUGCGAAAAUUUAAAUAAAUUCUUCACAAGUGCAUGCAAUGAAGUAAUGCGUGUGUGCUUUUGCAGGCAUUUCAAUUGAAAUUUUGAGAUGAAAAAGUGCGUCAGUGUAAAAGUGCGAAAGAAUCGAUGAAUUGAUUGUGUGCCAAGCAAGGAGCAGCGGUUGGACGCAGCAGUCGGAGCGAAGGAAUACAAAGUGAAGUUAUUGCAAAAACGCCAAAGAAAUCAAAUGAAAUAAAAUUUGCAAGAAAAUUCAAAUGUGAUAAAAUUUUACAGUAAAAUACUAAAAAGCGCUAGUAAACAGGGGAAAUAACGGUUGCUGCCUGAGAGGUUAAUUAUUUGAGAAAGCAGCAGAACAUAUCAUUUACAAUGGUUGUAUAGUGUUGCUGUGAAUGCUCCGAGGACGAUGAUUAUUCCAUAGAGCUGACUGUUAGAAACGAGAGAAUUACUCAAUCACAAGAGUUUGAUGAAAGUUCAAAGAACUCAUCAAAAGUUCACCUAAACACUUGACAGAGAAACAAGAAUUGCUUAGGAUGGGUCGUUGGCGACGGACAACGACGAGCCCACCCACGACACACAACAGAUGGUUGCUGACGUUGACAGCGGCAUUUGGAGUUCUCAUUUUCAUUUGGAUUCCACAAGUGUCAGCUGAAUGUCAAACACGCUCGAUUUAUUGCUAUGAAUGCGAUUCGUGGACGGAUGCACGCUGUAAGGAUCCCUUCAACUACACAGCGUUGCCACGCGAUCAACCACCGCUGAUGACCUGCAAUGGCUGUUGUGUGAAAAUGGUGCGGCAUUCGAAAUCACCCUACGAAGUUGUACGACGUAUGUGUACGUCGCAAUUGCAAAUAAAUUUAUUUAUGGUCGAUCAUGUGUGCAUGAUGGAAAGUUCAGGCAAUGGACAUAUGUGCUUUUGUGAGGAAGAUAUGUGCAAUUCUAGUAAAAAUUUAUUGCAAAAUGGUUCAUCAUACCAUUACAUCAUGAUCUCAGCGCUCUCAUUCAUACUAUAUUUACUCAAUCAAAUACAAAUUCGUGCGCAAAUGCAAUUUUUCGUUCGACAAUUGCAAAUGCAUAAACAAAAACAAAAACAUAAACAUAAACAAAUUGAUAAUCAAAAAAUACAAAAACAAAACCAUAAACAAUACCAGAUACAAAACCAAAAACCAAUAUCAAAAUCAAAACAAUCACAACAUACAACCGCAACAACAACUAUUAUCACAACCAAUCAAAUGCAAGUCCAACUCCAACUUCAAUAUCAAUUUGAUAAACAUAAACAAAAACAAAUACAAAACCAACUUUGUUAUAUAAAUAAAGAACAACAGCAACAACUACAACAACAACAACAACAAGAACAACAGCAAGUGCAUGUGACAUUUUUUAAACAAGCAGAAACUUUUCACUUUUAUCAACCGAAUAAGCAAGCAACCAAACAACCAGUAGUACACUUAAAACCGGUCAUUGCAUGCCCACAUACAACAACAACUGAUGUAUCUACACAAAUCGUUCAAAGAUAGAGCGAAGGCCCCCACCCCUCAAUUCCGUUUCCAACACACAACAAAAAAA